AUGACUAAACAGAGAAUCGUUCUCAAGCGAAACACAGAAGUUGGUGUUUCAGAAUUGUUCAAUGGUUUUAUUCCGCUAGAUUUGGUUCCAUUUCAGGAUGUUAAGAACGGAACUGUUCACGAUGGAACUUCUUACACUAGAGACUUUCUAGGCGUCAUAUCUUCUGUUUCAGAUUUCGGCCUCACAGUGGAUGACUCUAUGCCUAGAAACAUACAUAACUAUGAUCCUAAGACACCGGAUCGAUUGACUUUGUUCUUGAAGACAACGAGUCCUAUUCAAGUUGAAGAUGAAGAAGGGAUUUCUACUUUUGAGUAUGAUCCUCCUGGACACCACGAGGUGGUACAUUUCACGAACAUAUUAUUGCACCAUGAGGAGGACCUGAGCGAUGAAUGA